GUUAUUGAAAUAAUAAUUAUUAAAUUUGGUUUGUGUUGUGUACUACUAUUUUUUAAUAUUUUCUAUUUACGUUAUACAAUCAUAAUAUACUUUUAAGUUAUAAUUUAUAGCUUUUAAGAAAUGUUUGGAAUUAAUAGUUGUACGUAGAAUGUCCAUCAACUUUGCUGUUGAUUGAACAGCCAUAAAAUAUUGUUUGAAAGCCUGUAAUUCUACGAUGGAUCAGAAAAACGAUACAUUAGACGACGAAGAUGUUGUGUUUAUGCUGCUUGAAACAUUAAAGUCUAAUGGCACAUUUGAUGAAAUUCGUAGGCAUUGUGUUACAGAUAUUGAUGCUAAGCCUACUUACCAAAAUUGGAAACAGCGCAUAGAAUCAAAUGUCAACAAAUUUUUAAGUAAAGUGAAAUUUACACCUGAAUUAAAUAAAAAUUCUGUUCGAGAACGUCUGAGAAAACAUUUACUUGAUGGACGUGAAAAUCAGGAUAUAGAGGAAGGAGCUGAUAGAAUACUUACCCAAGUACUAGCUCCUCGUUCAUUAAGUAUUUUUGAACCUAAAAUAGCAGUUGCUGUUGAUGAAUACUUGGGAAUUAAAAAUGAAGCACCUCCAAUUGAACUAAACGGAUUAAAAGAAUCUACAAUAAAUUUGAUAAAAUCAUCUAAUAUUGAAAUUAGUACUGUUUUCAAUCCUAAAAUAGAUUUUAUCUCAGAUGCUGAUAACAUAACCUAUGAUACAACACUAAAAGAUGAAAUAAAAGACUUAAGAUCAGACAAAACAGAAAAACCUUCUAGUCUUUGUAAAGAGCCCAAAUCAUUGAACGGCAAUCAAAGUGAAGAUGAAAAUGAUACAGGAGGAUCUUUAAAACAAAAAAGUAGCCAACACAAAAAUAAAACUUCUACAUCUGACAAGUCUAAGUCUUCCUCUAGUAAUCAUAAAAGUAGUAAAAAAGAUAAUAGUUGUAAAGAAGUUGUUGAAAAAUCUAAAGAUGUCAUUAAUAAGCCUAAAGAUAUUUUUAAUAAGUCUAAAGAUGUUAGUAAACCUAAAGAUAUCGUUGAAAAAUCUAAGGAUAUUGUUAAUAAGCUUAAAGAUGUUAGUAAGCCUAAAGAUAUUGUGGAUAAGUCUAAAGAUAUUGUUAAUAAACCUAAAGACAUUGUUGAAAAAUCAAAAGAUAAUGUUAAUAAGCCUAAAGACAUUGUUGAUAAGUCUAAGGAAAAAUCAUUUUCGUCGAAGAAUUCUAAUUCUAAAAGUUCGAGUCAUAAAAGUAACCGAACAGAUUCGAAAAGAACUAAACGUUCCCUUGAAGAGAAAAAAAAAUCAUCUAGUCUUUGUAAAGAGCCUAAAUUAUUGAAUGGUAAUCGAAGUGAUGAUGAAAGUAAUUCAGGAGGAUCUUCAAAACAUAAAAGUACUAUACACAAAAAUAAAAGUUCUUCAACUAACAAGACCAAGUCGUCCUCAAGUAAUCAUAAAAGUAGUAGAAGAGAUAAUAAUAGUACAGACGUUGUUGAUAAGUCUAAAGAUAAAUCUUUGUCAAAGAAUUCUAGUAGUGCUGAUAUUGCACAUAAAUCUAAGGACAAAUCUUCGUCGAAAAUUUCUAAUAGAACUGUUGAUAAGUCUAAAGAUAAAUAUUCAUCAAUGAGUUUGAGUAGUACAGACGCUGAUAAGUCUAAAGACAAAUAUUUAUCAAAGAAAUCUACUAGUUCUGACAUUGAUAAGUCUAAAAAAAGAUCUUUGUCGAAAAAUUCUAGUAGUACUGAUGUAACUGAUAAGUCUAAAAACAAAUCUUUGUCAAAGAAUUCCAGUAGUACAGGUAUAACUGAUAAGUCUAAAAUCAAAUCAUCUUCAACAAAAAAUUCUAGGUGUACAGAUGUUGUUGAAAAGUCUAAAGACAAAUCUUUCUCAAAGAAUUCUAGUAGCUCAAGUCAUAAAAGUAACCUUAUUGACACUAAAAGGCUUAAACUUUCUCAAGAGGAAAAAAAUAAAUCGCCUACAAAUAAAGUAAAUGAUGAAGAAAGGAAACUAGAUGAUGAACCAGAAGAACCAGAAAAAUCCGAAUGGAAUGAUUUUCGAAGUUCUAUUAUGACAAAUGACGAACAAGAUGCAGCAAAUGUAUUGUUAUCAAUGAGUGCGAUUUCUUAUGAAAGUUCUCAUAGCGAAAUUAUAACAGAAAAUAUAAUUUUUAUAGGAAAUUCUUCUCCUAUUGCUGAAACUUUACAAACAACUGAAACAGUAAAUGAAUUAGAAAUUAAAGAAAAUUCUGAUGAAACAAAAAAUUUACCCCCUGGUGAUAAUGAUGAUAUCAAAGAAAACUCUCAAUUAAAAUCAAAUAAUUUAGAAACAACACAAUCACAAAAUGCUGUAAAAAGUUCAUCAAAUAUCAGUCAUUUGUUUGAGAAAGUAUGUUCUGUUGAUAUUGAAAGAUUACCAUGUAAUGAUAUAAAAUUGCAAUGUAGCUCUGUUAAUAAUGUUGAAACAACUGAAGAACACCAAAAACCAGCUGAAAUAGAGGAUAAAAAUGAAUUAAAAAUAUUAAAUAUUGGAAUAAAUUUGGAAACAAGUGAAAAUGAAAACACCAGUGAAUAUAAUUCUAACGAUGUUUUAAAAGUACCAAAACUAACUUUAAAACUAUUACCAAAUCAAAUUGAUUCCUUAAAUAAAACUAAAAGAAAAAAACAUCAUAAACAUAAAGAAUCGAAAAAAUUGAAACUUUCGAAAUCGUCUGAUAUUCAUGAUGAAGUAUCAACAAAUAUGUGUGAUAAAAUAGACCAAAAAUCUGACAGUGAAAUUGACCAAAAAUCUGACAAUGAAAUUGAUCAAAAAUCUAACAAUGACGUAGACAUAAUAAUAAAUGAUUCUCCAAGUACCUCGUCCAAUCAAAUAUUCCAUGAUGAAAUAGAAAAUAACAGUACAAAUAUAUUGGAUGUUGAAGAAUCACUUAACACCUUCAAAGGAUUUUCUGAAGCGGAUGCUAUUCCGUGUAAAAACUAUAGGCUGUUAAAAAGUGUGAUCAAAACCUUACAAGCACAGAUUAAUCGUAAUACAAUUGAUGAUGGUUUCAAAGGCUUUACCAGUGCAGAAACAAAACCAUGUAAAUAUCGAGAUAAUGUUCAUGCAGAGCUUAUUAAGUUGAAAGAAAGUGAAUCCAGUACAGGCUUUAUAGGAUUCACCGAAGAAGAUACUCGCAUGACUAUUGGACAUAAAUAUGUUGUAAGACAUCUUUCAUUUGCCAAAGCAAACGCAAAAACAUAUGAUGAUGAACUUAUGGAUGCAUAUUUAUAUAAAAGUGACAAUGAUAAUGAUGCAGAGUCAAAAAAGAAUUACAGCGAACCAAUUGAUGAUACAAAAAAAGAUAGUCCUACUGUGAAUAAUAAUAAUCACGAUCAUGAUAAUUGGGUUGCUGAACAAGAAAUGAAAUAUAAACUUUUACCUGUAAAAGUUAAGCUUGAAAGACUAAUGGAGUUCGGGUGUAAUAAUGUUAAGCGUGUGUCUGACUCUCCACAGGUGCCCAUAUAAUUAACAGUAGAAUAUAGCAUUUAUAACGAGAAUCGUGUCUUCAAUUAUUUCUUCAAAAAUAUUUUUAAAAAAGGAUCAGAAAGAAGUAUAUUUGCUUAACAGAUAUGAUCAACAAACGGAACUCUGAACUUAUUUAAGAUACAAAUGUGUUCUUUACCUACAAAAGUAAUUGAGUUAUGAUUAAAAACAUAACAACUAUAAAUCUGAUUUUUGCCAAAUUAAAUAGUAAAUUUAAUAAUUAAAUAAAAACAAGAUUAAAAAUAUCCAUGCCUUCUCAUUCUUUUGUUAACUUAUUUACUGCUAUUUAUUUUCUUAAAUUUAUUGCACAAUUUAAUGAUCAUUGUAUGUAUAACAUUACAUAGUAAUAUAUAUGUUUAAAUGUUGUUAAUAAAUAUAGUGACUUAAAUUUUUUUUCAUUUGUUGCAUUGUUAAAAAAAU